AUGGGUCUCAUGCGUCGGCUGCGUCGCUCGCUGCGCGCGCCCCGCGCCGACGCCGUCAACGGUCACGUCCAGAGGGAGGUGAGAGGCACGAGUGCGCUGGCGCCUGCUCCGUCGAAGCAGGACUCCACAGGGGACUGCGCGUCGGCCGAGGGCGCUGAUCUGCGGGAGCUGGUCGCCGUGGUGACGGCGAUGCGGUCCGAGCUGGCCGCCGCGCGCUCGGCGCGGCUGAGCACGGUGUCACUGGAGGAGGGUCCGGGCUGCGCGCUCAGUGACGACGAGUUCUGCGACGCGCUAGCCGCCAGCCUGCUACACCUGGAGACCGAGGAUCUUAAGAGAGUGGAGCGCUGCGAGAGGGAGCGGCGGGAACAGGAGAAAGGCGAACGGCGUCAGAGCACUGAGGAGGAGACAGGCAGCUGGUCACCGAGUGAUGAGAGACAGGAGGCCGACGACUCCGCCGCGCCUCUGUGUCGCGCGCCUGGUCCGGCGGCGGGCCAGUGCCUCGGCCAGUGUCGCGCGCUCGGCCACCCACUGGCCGCCGAGAUCGACCGCGUCGUGAGCGAGCAGCUGGCGCUGGCCAGCGCCGACGUUGCCGACGGCUGGUCGCUGUUCGCGGAGCAGGGCGAGAUGCGCAUGUACCGGCUAGAGGUGGCCGCCGACAACCGGUCAGUGGACCCGUUGAAGGCAGUACACGAGGUGCGUGGCGUCACUGCGCGCGAGUUGUGCCGCGAGUACUGGCGGCCCGAGACGCGGCUCGACUGGGAGACGACUGUGGACCGCAUCCAGGUGCUGGCGCGGCCCGACCCCAGCACCGUUCUCUGCCACCAGGUGCACUGCCGCGUGUGGCCGGCGCAGCAGCGCGACACCGUCUUCUGGUCGCACCUGUGCCGCCGCUCGGUGGCCGGCCGGCCCUGGUCUGUGGUGGUUAACCACUCGGCAGAGGCGUUGCCGGGCGCGCCACGCGCCGCCGCCGGCUGCGUGCGCGCCACGAUGACGGCGUGCCUGGCCGGCCAGGACGAGGCGGCGGCGGCCGACAGCCGCGCCCAGCUGCGCACGCACGUGGCCUACAGCUCGAUGGUGAACCCGGGCGGCUGGGCGCCGACAGUCGCGCUCCGGCUCGUCUACAAGCGGGAGUACCCUCGCUUCCUUCAGCGCUUCACCUCGUAUGUGGUGCUCAAGAGUAGCGACGCCCCUAUUGAGUGGUGACGC